CACUAAGUCAUAAACUCCCACAUACAAGCACUCAAGCCUUUCAACACUCUCUACAGCCAAAACUUUCUCUCCCACAAGGCAGUAGUCUUGAGCUUCAACCUUCUGCUAGCUAAGAUUUUCAAACAUGGCUAUCAGAUUGCCUGGAAUUUUGAAUGCUAAGCAUAUCUUGCGCCGCUCGAGUUCUUCUCAAAGCCAUGGAGUUUCAACGCCGAUCGACGUUCCCAAAGGCUACCUUGCAGUGUAUGUUGGAGAGGACAAAAAGAAGAGACAUGUUGUUCCAAUAUCUCUGCUGAAUCAGCCUUUGUUUCAAGAACUGCUGAGCCAAGCAGAGGAAGAGUUCGGAUUUGACCACCCAAUGGGUGGCCUAACAAUCCCUUGCAAAGAAGAAAUCUUUCUUGAGGUUGCUUCAAGAUUGAGUGGAUUGUAGUAACUCAUGUCUAUCUAAAAAAAAUUAGUAGACACAAUUUUGUAAAACUAAGUACUUUUUUUUUUCUUUCUUUUACUUUUUUUUUUCUUCCCUCGUUUCUUCUUUUUUUCACAUGAGAAGAAUGAGGUUGGAAUUGCCUUAAUGAGAAAGAGAGAGAGCUGUGGAUAGAUAUUGCUCUCCUCCCAUCAUAUUUAUGUAUUUUGUAAAAGAAAGUGAUUCAUCAAAUUUUAGUUACUUUCUGUUACAUGAAAAAAUCUCUUGUUCUACUUUCUUUAAAAUACGUUCCAACCAAACAAAACUCUAUCCCUUAUCUUGACACUAAAUUUAAAUUGUAAAGAAGUUUUAUUAAAAUUUACUCAAAAAAACUAGUUGCUAAUAUCAAAGGAUAUUUAUAUAUAAUCCAUGUGAAGUGGCAUUAUUCCUCUUGA